AUGCGCUCCCGCCCCAGCACCAGCAGCACAGCCAACUCGGAGGCGCUCUCAUUCGUCAAAGAGAGCGUCAAACUCCGGCGUCAGCUAGUUCCCAUUCAUCCAGGAUCAUACACUCCCAAUUUGGCCAUGUCACUCAACAACCUUCAUAUCCGAUCUCGGACAGGAUUCGAAGGCGCUUCCAUUCAUCGAAGAGGGCGUCAAACUCUGGCGCCAGGCUCUUUCCACACUCGGAGGCACUCGGAGGCACUUCUAUUCAUUGAAGAAUGCGUCCAAAUCCGGCGCCAGCUAGUUGUUGUUAACCCACGAGCGCAUGCCCCAGGAUUGGCUAAGUCACUCAAUAAUCUAUAUAGCGCUAACUCGGACGGCACUUGGAGGCACUUCUAUUCAUCGAAGAAGGUGUCCAAAUCUGGCGCCAGCUAG